AUGCUCAGCUCCCGCAGCCUCCUGGCGCUGCUGCUCCCGCCGCUGCUCCUGCUGGGGGCCGCCCUGGGCCCCGCCCGAGCCCUCAGCGCCGACGAGAGACGCGAGAUGGUGGAGCUGCACAACCUGUACCGGGCCCAGGCGGCCGCCGCCAACAUGCUGCGGAUGAGGUGGGACGAGGAGCUGGCCGCCUUCGCCAAGGCCUACGCCCGGCAGUGCGUGUGGGGCCACAACAAGGAGCGCGGGCGGCGCGGGGAGAACCUGUUCGCCAUCACGGACGAGGGCAUGGACGUGCCGCUGGCCGUGCAGGAGUGGCACGUGGAGCGCCAGCACUACAACUUCAGCGCGGCCGCCUGCGAGCCGGGCCAGGUGUGCGGCCACUACACGCAGGUGGUCUGGGCCAGGACAGACAGGAUUGGCUGUGGCUCCCACUUCUGUGAGAAGCUCCAGGGCGUGGAGGAGACCAAUAUCCACUUACUGGUUUGCAACUAUGAGCCCCCGGGGAACGUGAAGGGGCACAGACCCUACCUGGAGGGGACUCCGUGUUCCCAGUGUCCCUCCGGGUACCGCUGUGAAAAUUCCCUCUGUGAGCCCAUGAGCGACCCAGAGGAGGUAACUGAGACCCCAUCUUUCCUGGCAACCGAAGCCUCAGGCUCUAGGAAAGAGGGCAUCGCCACUUCCCUGGCAACAGAAACUUCAUCCUUCUUGGUAACAGAGGUCUCAGGGCCCCUGGCAACCAAGGCUCUACCUUCUAUAGAGACCAAGGCCCCAACUUCCUUAGCAACGGAAGGCCCAACCUCCAUGGCAACUGAGGCUCCAUCUUCCUUAACAACUGAGUUCCUUCCGAUUUCGGAAACUCACAGCCCGCUCUCCUUGGAUGAGGGAACAGCUACCUCCCCCAAAUCGACCCAUGACCCCACCUCAAAAGGGGUAGACCAAGAGGCCAGCGAGACAACAAUGCCCUCCACGAGCCCAGAGAAUUCUCUGCACCUCCAGGUGUUCCCGACAGGGACACAAGGGCUGCUACCCCCCUCCCAGGAGGAGGGCAAGGCUGAGGCCGAGUUGCCUUCGUCCAGUGAGGUCUCGGCCCCAGUUCCUCCAGCCCAGGAGGAGCCAAAUGAGCUGCCGGCCACGCUGAACCACAAUGGGCCCAUCCUCUCCAAGUCCCUGCCCGACUUUCCCAACACAGCAGCCACCGCCAAUGCCAUGGGCAGCCGCACCCUGGCCCUGCGGUCAGGUGCAGAGGACCCGGUAGGGUCUGAAACCUAUGCCAGGCUGACCUCGGGCUCCGGCCACAGCUGGGGCCCUCUUCUGGCUCUGCUGCUACUGCCUCCCCUGGUGUUGGCUGGAAUCUUCUGA